AUGUUUUCUAUAAUAUAUAUAAAAUUGUUUGUAUUAAUUACACAUAUAAUCAUAUUGAGUGCAUCUUCUGAUGUAAAUGGCAAUUCAUGUCUACACUUUAAUUUUAAGGAUAUAUUACCCAAAUGUAGAAAUGAAUUCAUUAGUUCAGUUAAGAAUAGACCACAUGGGCUUCAUACAGAUUAUUCGAGGUACUGUGCUAAAUUUUAUACACGAAUAUCAUGUCCUAGUAAUGGGCAGAAUUUUAAUAUAGCUUGCAUGGAUAUUCUUUACUAUUUAAAUUAUAUAAAUAAUAAUAAAUCCAAGGACGACACAAAUCCAGAACGAAGUUGUAAAUACUUCUUUUACAAGAUAAAAGAUCUAUUUAAAAAAUUCCCAUGCAUGUGUAAUGACCCAAAUAGUUGCUAUGGUGUAAUGAAGAGUUUUAGAUUUUCGAAUUUGAGUACAGAGAUUACUAGCUUAUUUUCUCUGUGCAAUGAUUAUUAUCCUAAUGAUCUUAAUGAAGAUAUAUUUAGAAUGCUGAAAGAGCUUGAUAUACUAUAUGAAAAAUAUAACACAUUUCUUAGCACCCCAGCACCAAACGCUUCAAAAUAUUGGGAUUUCAGAGAUAAAAUUAGAGCCUUAGAAAAACAUCAAAGCAAUUAUAACACGACAUUUAGAUCAUUACUUGAAAAUUUUAAUAAUAAUUUUGUAACAUAUUUGGGAACAUUAAAAAGUUCUAGAGAUUGGAAAGUCACUGCAUUUUUACAAGGUCUAACUGAAGAAGAAAAAACUAUAGGAGUAUUGACAGUAGCAGAGGAAACUAAAGAUAUAAAUAGAGGUAAAAAUAUCGAAACAACAACAGGUAUUGAUACUAAUGUACAAAUGUACGAAAGUAUAUCCGCAGAUAGUGGUACACAAAUAAGUACA